UAAGAAAUCCACAAUUCCAAGCUUUUUGUAGUUUUUGGAUUUUUACGAGUUAUCUUACUGAUCAAUUUUAUUAACCAGUUUAGUAGUAUUUGUUAUCAUUUUGUCUUACCCUCCCCAGACUCCACUUGUGGGAUUAUACUGAGUCUGUUGUUGAUGUUGGUAAAUAAUUUUCCUUUACUUUACCGAGAUUGCCAAGACUGAACUAAAUUGAUAUGUUGUACCAGAUGCUGGAACAGUUGAAUUUUGUAACAAACACAGACUAUAAUUAGGGUGAAUUCAGGAUAUUUAUCGAUGUAGAAAAUUUCACCUCCAUUGCUUAAAGCCAUGAUGUUUGAAGUUUCUGCCUAAGAAAUGUAAAAGCGGCUUUCUAAUAGGCUAAAAGAUCCAGUUUGUUCGAAUUUUGAGAGCUAAUAAAGAAAAAAAGAAAGAAAAUGGAGACCCCGGAUUCACGUUCAAUCUCAAAGAGACCUGUUAGAAAGAGGGUAGCUUCAAGGAAUUACGACGAGAAUUUGAUGGAUGAGUUCAUAGAGGAGCAUUUGGGUGGUUCCGUGAGGAAGAGGAAUAGAACCAAGCAAGAUUUGGAGAAAGAAACUGAAACAGAGGCGAUGAUAGCACUUUCUUUGGGUUUCCCCAUUGAUGACCUUCUUGAGGAAGAAAGAAAGGCUGGAGUUGUAAGUGAACUAGAUGGGAAAGAGCAAAAUGAUUACAUCGUUGUGAGAAACCAUAUUCUUGCAAAAUGGAGGGAGAAUGUGCAAAUUUGGCUGUCCAAAGGAAAGAUAAGGGAAACUGUAAGUGGCGACUAUGAGCAUUUGGUGGCCAUAACAUAUGACUUUCUUUUGCAUAACGGGUAUAUAAAUUUUGGGGUUUCACCAUCUUUUGUAUCUAAUAUUCCUGAGGAACCUAGUGAAGGCUCUGUAAUUAUUGUUGGUGCUGGACUCGCUGGUUUGUCUGCAGCAAGGCAGUUGAUGUCAUUUGGAUUCAAGGUGAUUGUCCUAGAAGGUAGGAACCGACCUGGAGGGAGAGUUUAUACUCAGAAAAUGGGACGGAAGGGCAAGUUUGCUGCUGUGGAUCUUGGUGGCAGUGUCAUAACUGGUAUCCAUGCGAAUCCUUUGGGAGUUUUGGCAAGACAACUUUCCAUUCCGCUCCACAAAGUUAGAGAUAAGUGUCCUUUAUACAAGCCUGAUGGAGCUCCUGUUAAUGCAGCAGUUGAUUCCAAUGUUGAACUCAUUUUCAAUAAGCUACUCGACAAAGUUACUGAGCUAAGAAAAAUAGUAAGUGGAUUGGCUAAUGAUAUCUCGCUGGGCUCCGUUUUGGAGAUACUUAGACAAUUAUAUGCUGUGGCUAAAACUACAGAGGAAAGGCAACUUUUGGAUUGGCAUUUUGCAAACUUGGAAUAUGCAAAUGCUGGAUGCCUCUCAGAACUCUCUGCUGCCUAUUGGGAUCAGGACGAUCCUUAUGAAAUGGGUGGUGAUCAUUGUUUUCUUGCUGGUGGAAAUUGGGGUAUAAUCAGAGCACUGUGUAAAGGAGUUCCUAUAUUCUAUGGCAAGACUGUUCAGACAAUAAAGUAUGGAAAUGAAGGAGUUGAGGUCAUCGCCGGUGACCAACAUUUUCAGGCUGAUAUGGCCCUCUGUACUGUUCCUCUCGGGGUACUAAAAAGGAGAUCAAUUAAAUUUGAACCAGAGUUACCUGCGAAGAAGCUUGAAGCCAUUGAUAGGCUAGGAUUUGGGUUGCUGAAUAAGGUUGCCAUGGUAUUCCCUCAUGUUUUUUGGGGGGAAGACUUAGAUACCUUUGGUUGCCUCAACCAUCAUAGCCAUAGACGAGGAGAGUUCUUCUUAUUUUACAGUUACCAUACUGUUUCUGGGGGUCCAGUACUUAUUGCACUAGUUGCUGGUGACGCUGCUCAACUUUUCGAACGCACAGAGCCAUCCAUCUUAAUUCAUCGAGUUAUGAACAUUCUCAAAGGCAUAUAUGAGCCAAAGGGCAUAACAGUUCCAGAUCCCAUACAAUCCAUAUGUACAAGAUGGGGAAGUGAUCCCUUUUCUUUUGGCUCAUAUUCACAUGUUCGUGUUCAGUCUUCUGGCAGUGAUUACGACGUACUCGCAGAAAAUCUUGGAGGCCGGCUGUUUUUCGCUGGAGAGGCUACUAUUCGACAACAUCCAGCCACCAUGCAUGGAGCCUAUUUGAGUGGCUUAAGAGAAGCUUCUCGCAUUUCCCAAUCCAUGAAAGUGAGGCAAAACAAUCCAAGGAAGGCUGUUUUAAAGAAUAUCGGACCAAGCAAUGAUGUAUUAGAAGAGUUGUUCAAGAGGCCAGAUCUAGCAUUCGGGGAGAUCUUAUUUGUAUUUGAUCCCUUCACUUAUGAUUCUAAAUCUUUAGGACUCAUGAGAGUUACUUUUGCAAAAUCCAAUGAGGAACUUAAUACAGAACUAUCUUCUGGCAAGGAAGCAGAUAAUAUGCCUCAACAUUUGUUAAACCCACCACUGCAGCUUUAUACAGUUGUGUCCCGUGAGCAGGCGCUUGAGUUGCAGUUAGUGAAGGAGGGAAGUAAGUGUAAAUUGUCAUAUUUGUUUAAAAAUCUUGGGCUGAAGUUAAUGGGAGCUAAUGGAUUAGGAGUUGUAGGCAAUUCUUUGGUUGCUAACAUUGCUAAUGCUCGAAGAGGCAGAGGCCGGAAUCGAAGUUGUAUUGCCCAACAGAAUGCAGGCAAUGGUAAUAUUCAGCUACCUUAAGUAUAAGCUUGGCAUCCUCAAUAUAUCUUCAAUUUUGUGGAGGAAUGCAGUAAGGAUGGCACUCUUUUACGUCUUAUAUUGACGUUUCGCUGACCAGAAAAAAUAUUGGUAUGUUAGUUAGAGUCACAGCAAUUGCAUUCAUGUUGCUCGCUGGUAAAUAUUGUGCAACGGGCAACAGAGUAUGUGAAAAAGGAUCGACGAACACUCAGUUUGUCUGUUGGUUUUGUUGUGGAUAUUCUUUUGUAUGCUUGUCUUUUGUACUCCUGGAUAAUGCAAACUUUCGCGUAGACUAAAGAAUUUUUUGCUCCC